AUGUUUGAUUUUAGGGAAAUAUUGUUGGAGUAUUCGAAGGGAGUGAUGAAACUAGGGGAGUUAAUCUUUGAGCUUUUAUCAGAAGCUUUAGGGCUUGAUCGUAAUCACCUCAAAGAAAUGGAUUGCAUGAAAGGUUUAUUGAUGCUCUCUCAUUAUUACCCGCCUUGUCCUGAGCCUGAUCGAACAUUCGGCACAAGUCAGCAUUCAGACAUAUCUUUCCUCACUAUUCUUCUUCAAGAUCACAUUGGUGGGCUUCAGUUUCUUCAGAAUGGUUCUUGGGUUGAUGUUCCUCAUGUUCCUGGAGCUCUUAUAGUGAACCCCGGAGAUUUCUUGCAGCUUAUAACGAAUGACAAGUUUGCAAGUGUGGAGCAUAGAGUUUUGGCUAAUAGAAGUCAAGAGCCGCGGAUUUCGGUGGCGGCUUUUUAUGUGUAUCCCUUACCGUUUGCGCGAGUUUAUGGACCGAUCAAAGAGCUUUUGUCUGAACAAAACCCUCCAAAGUAUAGAGAGACAACCAUGACGGAGUAUAUAAAGUUUUACAUGGCGAGAGGACUCGGUGAGAAGUCUGCGUUGCUUCAGUUCAAGAUCUGA